AUGUUGUCAAGCAAGGCUAGUUGCAAUAGUCAUGGAGAAGACUCAUCAUAUUUCCUGGGGUGGCAACUUUAUGACAAUAAUCCUUUUCAUGGAGUUGUUAAUCCCACUGGGAUUAUUCAGAUGGGGCUUGCUGAGAAUCAGCUAUCUUUCGACCUGGUAGAAUCAUGGCUACGGAAAAACCUGGACGCCAUGGGAUUGAAGAAGGAUGGAGAAUCUGUAUUCAGGGAACUGGCUCUCUUCCAGGACUAUCACGGUUUACCUGCUUUCAAAAACGAACUGGUGGAGUACAUGGCGAAAAUCAGAGGGAACAAGGUUACAUUUGAUCCCAACAACCUGGUGCUUGCCGCUGGUGCAACUUCAGCUAAUGAGACUUUGAUCUUUUGCCUUGUUGAUCCUGGUCAAGCUAUCCUUCUUCCCACACCAUACUACCCUGGGUUCAAUAGGGAUCUUAAAUGGAGGACUGGGGUAGAAAUUGUUCCAGUACAUUGUUGGAGCUCAAAUGGGUUCAGAAUCACAAUGUCUGCACUUGAAGAUGCUUACCAGAGCGCUCAAACACUUAACCUCAAAGUAAAAGGGGUUUUAAUAACCAAUCCAUCGAAUCCACUCGGCACAACAAUGACUAGGGAGGAGCUUAACCAUCUCAUUACAUUUGCCAUUGCCAAAAACAUUCAUAUCAUAAGCGACGAAGUUUUUGCUGGAACAGUCUUUGACUCUCCAGGUUUCAUAAGCAUUAUGGAAGCCGCAAUGGAUCGAAGCCUUGCAAAUGAAAAUCCGGGUUUAUGGAACCGCAUUCACAUUGUUUACAGCCUUUCUAAGGAUCUAGGCUUACCAGGAUUUCGUGUCGGAAUGAUUUAUUCAAACAAUGAAACAGUGGUGAGUGCAGCCACUAGGAUGUCGAGUUUCGGCCUGGUUUCAUCGCAAACGCAGUACCUACUCUCCAACAUGUUAGCAAACAAGAAAUUCACCAGCAAAUACAUGAAGGAGAACCAAAAGAGGCUUAAAAGGAAAAGAGAAAUGCUGGUUUCAGGUCUUAGAACAUCAGGAAUGGAAUGCUUAAAAAGCAAUGCAGGCUUGUUUUGUUGGGUGGACAUGAGACAUCUCUUAUCUUCCAACACAUUCGAAGCUGAAACAAAGCUGUGGAAGACGAUUCUAUGCGAAGUUGGGUUGAAUAUGACGGCGGGUGAGUCUUGCCAUUGCAGUGAACCAGGGUGGGUCAGAGUCUGCUUUGCUAAUAUGUCCCAAGCUACGCUUCAAAUUGCGAUGAGACGACUUCGUGAUUUUGCUGAACGUUAAAGCUGUGGUGGUAGGAUCGGUAAUAAGAUCAGUAGUCA